UGGUCAAGUGCACGGACGGUGGGUAGGUGUCGGUGUCUCACCUGCAACCUGGGAAAAUAAUAAAAAAGUCCCGGCGUAUCUCUUCAGGGAGUUUCGAGCGAAAUCCGCGCUAGGACCGGAUUUCUUCCUCCGAGAUGGAUUCCAUAGCUGUUUUUGCUGUAAUUCUUGGCUAAGUUGGUUGGUUUACGGUUGAAUCUCUAUCCGCACUGUGGCCUUGCUAAACUUAGCAACUUGCACCAUACUUGGAAAUUUUACUGAACUGUGAUCAAUGAGUUGUUGACAAAUCCAUGACGAUUGGAGAGAUGUUUAAUUACCUGCGAUAUAAUUGGAAAGAAGGAAAAUUCAUUUAUGUGCUAAAUUUUUAGAAUUUCUAGCUGAUUGAGAGGUAUUGAAGCAAAUGUUUGGUUUCAUUCCUUCAGUGCCUAUACCACGAUGUAGCUCCUCUAGUUUAUACAUACAUUCAAGCCAUUUCCGCCGUAAAUACAUGGACUUGACCAUAAGGAGGUCUUUUCUUUCCCCAUUGAAUGGCUUUCGAGUAUCUAAAUCUCCUAAUUUUGCUCUCUCUUUUUCCAAACAAAUUGGAGGUGUCCAUCCACUUAACUUGUCUGCUUCAGUAUGCUCUCAUAGAUGUGAAUUGAAUUUAGGAUUAACAUCAAGCUGCCGAAGUAUGAGUUUGAGGCUUCCCAUGUCCGGAUCUCAGAAAAUUCCAAAAAACAGUUGGAAUGCAAGGCAGACCUCAUUGGCUGCGGCUGUCUCCUUUGGACUGUGCUUAAGUUUUUCUUCAUCUGGAGUUGUAAAUGCAAAAGCAUCUGAGAAUGGUGUCGAUAAAUUAUCAUCUUUGAGAACCUCUCAUGGAAAGGAAGUAUGCACCGAUUACACCAUAACUGGCAUACCAGGCGAUGGCAGAUGUUUGUUUCGCUCUGUGGCCCAUGGGGCGUGCAUCCGGGCUGGAAAAUCCAUACCUGAUGAGACUCUUCAACGAGAACUUGCUGAUGAAUUGAGAGACUUGAUUGCUGAUGAAUUUAUCAAGAGACGAGAAGAGACAGAAUGGUUUAUUGAGGGGAGCUUUGACGAUUAUGUCUCCCAAAUUAGACAGCCACAUGUCUGGGGAGGUGAGCCAGAGCUGCUCAUGGCGUCUCAUGUUCUUCAGAUGCCAAUUACAGUUUAUAUUCAUGAUGAUGAAGCUGGCGGUCUGAUAGCCAUUGCUGAGUACGGUCAAGAAUAUGGGAAGGAGGAUCCAAUUCGAGUUCUUUAUCAUGGCUUUGGCCAUUAUGAAGCACUACAAAUUCCAGGGAGAAAGCCUACAAAUUCAAGGCUUUAGUUUAGUUUAAUUACUCUGAGGGGACACCGAACAGUUACUCUUCAUGCUGCAAGUGAUCAAAUGCAUCGACUGAACGGAAUGCAAGCAAUAAAAUGAAGUAUGAUACGAGCUUCAAAGCUUAGAAUAUGUGAUAUUUUCCUGUAAAAUGUUAAUUUCAUUUCUUGUUGGUACGGUUCUCUUUUUUAUAUAACACCUUACAAAUGAAGAUUAAAUAAUUCCAUGAAAUUUGUUAUGCAUA